AUGUCGACAACAGAGAUACCCCCUCGGACUGGGACCGCUUUCAUCCUGAACAAAGGACAAAGACUGACCGUCAUCGACCCCAAAGGCGUCCAAGUCUCAGACCUGGUCGCCUUCAACCGCCAUGACCCAGACGAAGUCAUAAGCAAUGGCAGAACUCUUGACUACGCAAGCCGGAUCUACCUCACCACCGGCGAUCCUCUAUACUCAAAUCGAAGCAAUGUAAUGCUUGAGAUCGUGGAAGACACCUGCGGCAGACAUGACUUCUUGCUUACGCCCUGCUCGAAAGACACAUUCAGAAUUAUCUAUGGCGACAAAGAGCCCCAUCAAGGCUGCUUCGGGAAUAUUGCAAACGCCAUCAAGCCGUAUGGUAUCUCGGAAGAUCGGAUACCUUGCGCAUUCAAUUGCUUCAUGAACGUGCCGAUUGAUCCGAAUACGGGAGAGAUCAAAGUCUUACCUCCGACUUCGAAGGCUGGAGAUCACAUCGACUUUGUGGCGAAGAUGGAUCUCAUUAUUGCUAUGACCGCCUGCAGUGCUCUGCAAUCCAAUGGUGGCAGCUUCAAGCCUAUUCAGUACCGCAUCAGCGAUUGA